AGGAUAUUUGGAGGGUGUAUAUUUACACACAUUUUAAAUUGCUUUUUCAUUCAAUCUAUCUGUUGAAAUAAUAAUGAUCUUUGUUGAAUGUUACGGAUCAAAUAAAAUGUUUUCGAUUCUAUGGUAAUGUUUACUUCUUUGAAGCUGCGAGAUGUCGCACCAGCCUAAGCUGACGCUAAGCGACUUGACUUAAGUGCGACACAACUAUGACGACAGCCGGAACAUGCGACAACCUGAUGCAACUGUUUUUACAGCAAGCUUAACAGUUUCGCUGCAACUUUUGUAAGAAACUCAUCUACCUGGUUAAUUUUAUUGAAUUUGCUUAUAAAGAAUGGCUUGCAUUUAAAGUUAAAUAACUUAAGUUUUUUUUUUAAAACGCCGUACUGUAAAGAGGAAAUAACCAACGAUACGGCAAACAAAUCAAAGAGAUACUAAAUAUGAAUACAUACAACCAGUAGUAGAAGUGGAUUGAUAAGACCGGCUAUUUAAAGAAGCAACAGGUAGCGAUAGCCAACACAGAAUCAUUAGCGAAAUGAAGCCGACACUACCAGCCACUUUUGUGGGAGGUUUCCACGAUGAGGCGUGUGUCAGUAAAAUGAAGUAUAAUCCGUUCGGUAAAACCGACUUAGUCGUGUCGGAAAUAUCAUUCGGAGCCGGAACGCUGAGUAAACUCUACGGCAACUUGGGCGAAACUGACGGUGUCAAAGCAGUGCAUUUGGCAUUGAAAAGUGGUAUUAAUUACAUCGACACUGCUCCGUACUAUGGCCAAGGUCGCUCGGAAGAAAUUCUCGGCGUCGCUCUUAAGGAUGUUCCACGUCAGGCUUACUAUAUAGCAACCAAAGUUGGACGCUAUGAGACGGAUUAUAGACGUAUGUUUGACUACAGUGCGAAAAAAACGCGCGAAAGUGUCGAGAAAAGUUUGAAACUACUUGGCGUAAAAUGCUUAGAUGUUGUUCAGAUACAUGACAUAGAAUUUGUGUCUGAUUUAAACAAAAUAAUCAACGAAACAUUACCCGCUCUGGAGCAAUUGAAAGCGGAAGAUAAGCUUCGUUACAUCGGAGUAUCAGCUUACCCGAUCGACGUUCUUAAGGAAGUGAUUUCACGAGCACCCGGUCGAUUUGAUACCGUGCUGUCCUACUGCCGAAAUACUUUGAUCGAUAAUACGCUGAGUCGGUUCAUGCCAUUUUUCGAAGCACACAAUGUGGCGGUAAUCUGCGCUGCUGGUCACAGUAUGGGCUUACUCACGAACUCAGGACCUCAAGCGUGGCAUCCGGCUCAGGAACAAACGAAAACCGUUUGCCGAGAGGCUAGCAACUAUUGUCGCGAAAAUGGUGUUGAGCUUGGGAAGUUAGCUAUGUACCAUUUUAUUCAGAUGAAGGGUCCAGCAACGUUUUUGUGUGGGAUGCAAACUGAAGCUUUGGUAGCAAUGAAUUUGGAAGCUUUCCUCAAUGGAUUGAAUGACAAGGAGCGGAAUGUGCUGAAUUAUCUGAACAAAAACGUUUUCAAUAAAGUUGAACACUCGAACUGGGAAGGAAUCGAAGUAAAAAGGUACGAGGAUGCAAUGCAGAAAACUGACGGGUAACUAAAUUAGAUGAUUGAAUUAGUUUUAUACAAAAACCAUGAGAGAAUUUAAAUAAAAUAAUUUUGCACACAGAAA